AUGCCCUGCUCGCUGCGGAGGAGCAGCGCUCGCGGUGCUCUGGGCGUGCUGCGCAUCAUCUCGCAGUGCUCGGGGCGUGCGGCGCAUCGUCUCGCCGGGCACGCGGGUGCCGCCACGGGCUGUGGGCAUGAGCUCGGCACCCUGGGAUUUGAAUGUACCCUUGACGAGGUUGAUCUUGAAGAUAUCACGAAGAAUCAAAUCAACACGAUAAAAGCUUGUACAUCUGAAGAUCCAGGGACUGAAAACUGUCCAGCGCUGGAAAGAUCUACUUUUGAUAUGAGUAAAUGCCUGCAGGGCAUCUAUGAGGAUCUGAACGCCUACAGGGCAGAGCUGAGGAACUUCAAUGAUCAAAAGGUGCUGGCAACUAUUGAUGAAAUGAUGAAAGCGCUGAAGACCGGCGGCGGCAGCAGCGUGGCGCAGCCCUCGGCGGGCGCGGGGCUCACCUCCUUCAAGGCGCGGAUGAGGCUCUGCAGCUUCCUUCACGCCUUCCGAAUCCGCACGGUCACCAUCAACAGAGUGAUGAACUACCUGACCUCUCCGGAGAGUUCGAUGUAA